AUGGAUGCAUCUCAGGACAAUUCGAUGUCGCAAUCAGAAUCAUUGUCCAAUUUCAAGCAGCAAUCUUCCGGUGUUCAGCCUAGUCAGCCUACCACCUCCAACGACAAAAGCCAGAACCCUCAAGCUCCUAAACGUGGCCGCCGUACCAAGAAAGAGAUGGCAGAGUGGCGGGAUCAACAAGAGAGAAUUUGA